AUGAUUAAGGCAUUCUUAAUUGCUGUGUUGUGUUGUAUCAUGAUGAGAGAAACAUUGGCUCUCUCAUGUAGAGCAGGUACUUAUGAAGGUGUUGCCUUUGGUUCGCCUGCAUGUAUGCCAUGUACUCCAGGAUUCUAUUGUCCUAAUGGUGUUGUUGCUGAAAGAUGUCCAUUCAAUACUGUCAGUUUUGGAAGUGCUGAUACUUGUACACAAUGUGCUGAUAAUGCCAAUAGAGGUACUGAUCCUGACCACGUAGCCUGUCUUUUAGCUGAUGCACCAAAGGAUAUCGUUCAAUUCAAUAGCAAAUUGGUUUUGACUUCAAGUGAUCCAGUUAGUGCCUAUACUACUUUACGUUAUGAAAAUUACUUGUACAUUUUGAUCAGAAUUAAGCAAGUUAAUAAUAUUGAUCCAACUGUUAAGAACAUGAUUAAGGUCUAUGGUGGUAGAACUUUUGCUAAUCCAGGUCCAGCUCAAUAUGAAAGAUAUUCCAAUUCUAAGGAACCAUACAUGUUAUUACCAUACACUUCAUCAUUUGACAAUGUUUAUCUUACCAUUAUCGGUGCUCCUGAUACUACACUCACUAUUGAAAUGAGUUUGAUGCAAAAGAGAAGCUAA